UGAUGAACAUAUUUUUUAACUCCAUUGAAGAGCUUUUCAACAAUGGCAAGCACACCUCGUUUCUUCAAGAUAAUACUUGAUCGGACCAUUCGUGACGAAAAACUUGGUAUUCCAAAGAAAUUUGUUAGAUUAUAUGGUAAGCAUUUGUCAAGUCAUGUAGUACUCCUUAAGGUAUGCAAUGGUGAAUCUUGGAAAAUAGAGUUGAACAAAUGCGACGACGAGAUUUGGCUGCAAAACGGUUGGCAAGAAUUUGCGGAUCGCUACGGGUUAGCACACGGGCACUUGUUAGUUUUUGAGUUCCAUCGAAAGAUUACUUCUCAAUAUUUUAAUGUGCUAAUAUUUGAUAAAUCUGCUACUGAAAUUGACUAUCCAUUCAUCCAAAUUGUCAAUCUUGAUAAUGAAACUGAUCUUGAAGAAGAAUUUCAAGAACCAACCGAAAUUAUUGUAAGAAAACAAAGAUUAUACGCUAAGGAAAAGCGCGGAGCGCUGAAAAAAGCAAGUGAAACGUUCAAAUCCAAACAUCCAUUUUUUAUGAGUGUAAUGCAACCAUCAUAUGUGCAUUCUGAAGAUAAAAUUACUAUACCGGCGAGCUUUGCUAGGAAAAAUUUUAACAAGAAGAAUGGAAAUGCAAUCUUGAGAAUUAUGGAUGGAAAAAGGUGGCCUGUCAAACUUUAUAUACCAAAUUUUGGAAGCAAUAGAAAAGCAACUGCAAAAAUAUGUCAGGGUUGGAGGGUUUUUGGUGAAGAUAAUCAAUUGGAAGUUGGUGAUGUUUGUGCAUUUGAGCUUAUUAAAGGAGCUGAAAUUACAUUUUUAGUUUCUUUUUUCAAGAAUUGUGAACAUUGUUCAUAAUUUACUUUCUUGUGUAGAGGCAAUGGUGUAAUGGAUGGUUUCGAAAAAUUAAACUUGAUUGCAGUAA